AUGUGCAAGGAAUUUGAGCAAAUAAUGAAAGGGACUUUUGAGAUGAGUGCUAUAGGAAAGAUGAACUUCUUUUUGGGUUUACAAGUUGAACAGAAGAAGGACGGAUUCUUUAUUCAUCCGACGAAGUAUGCACAAGCUAAACUAAAGCGUUUUGGAAUGGAAGAUACUUCACCGAUGGAUACUCCUAUACAAAAGAACCAUCAACUUGGAUUGUUCUCUUUUAAUGAUCCAAAAGUUGAUCCUACUCGUUACAGGGCCAUGAUAGGUUCAUUGAUGUAUCUUACUACAUCAAGACCAGAUAUCAUGUUUGCGGUUUGUUUGUGUGCACGUUAUCAGUCCUGUCCCAGGGAAAGCCAUAUGAAACCUGUAAAACGAAUUCUUCGCUACCUCAAGGGUCAACCAGUGCUGGGACUCUGGUAUUCGAUUGGGGGAGACUUUGAAUUCAUGUCAUAUAACGAUGCUGAUUAUGGUGGCUGCAAUUAUGAUAGGAAAUCGAGUUCAGGUGGAUGUCAGUUCUUAGGAGGAAGAUUAGUGUCCUGGCAGUGUAAGAAGCAGACUUCUGUUGCGAUCUCGUCUUGCAAGGCCGAAUACAUGGCAACGGGUAGAUGUUGUUCACAGGUUCUAUGGAUUCAGCAACAACUGUGUGAUUACGGUCAGAACUUUCUCUGUACUCCUAUUAAGAUAGAUAAUGAAUCCACCAUAUCCAUUACCAAUAAUCCUGUUAAGCACGGUAGGACUAAGCACAGAGACAUAAGGUUUCAUUUUAUACGUAAUUGUGUUGAAAAGAAGUUAAUAGUCCUAGAAAAGGUGCCGAGUGACUUUAAUUUAGCAGAUCUGUCCACUAAGGCUUUCGACCAAACUCGUUUCGAGUUGCUAGUCCAAUUGAUUGGAAUGAGAAAUCUAUAG